UGGAGCACAACAAGUACUCUGUGGUUUCCAACUCCCUCCCAGAGCGGUUCAAGGGUCUCUUGGGAAGCACGGCCAUGGCUGCAGGGCUCUUGACCUACCUUGGUCCGUAUGAGUACCUGUUCCGGCGUCUCAUUCUGAGUGCGGAGUGGCUGCUAUGUCUGAAGGAAAGGGGUCUGCCAUUCCUGAUUGACUCUGUUGAUUCUAUUCAAGGGAGAGUAACUGAUUUCUCCAUAGAGUUCUUCGAGGGAGACAGCGAGGAAACAAAGGAAACAGAUGUGAUAGCUGAUUGCAACCAAGAUCAAGAAGAACAAAACCAGCAAGGUUCAGAAUCAGUUAAACAAGAAGAUCCUGCUGUCACUCAGCCUGAAGUAGACAUAUAUAGCGACUAUGGGUCCUUUCCACAGGACCUCCCUGCUCCAGUCAUUACUGAGGAGCAUUACCCAGACUUCAUCAAAGCCUUGCUGAAGCUCAUAGUAGGAGACAAGCAGGUCCAGGAGUGGAUAGCCAAAGAUUGGACGCUUCAUCAGAUGCAAAACACUGCUGUCCUGUUCACAUCCUGGCAGAGACCUCCUUUACUGAUCGACCCCAGUGAUGAAGCAGAGAAGUGGCUCAAAGAGCUCCGCAGCACAUCUACAAUCAGUGUCAAACUUGGCGAGAGGCCAGAAAGCAACGUUUUAUUAGACAUUGAGAAGGCAGUGCAGUCAGGAAGCAGUUUGUUCCUAUAUAACUACACCUCAAAGUGGGACGACCUCAUUCGACCGUUGACUGAGCACUGCAAUACAGCUACUGAGCGUAACCUUCAACUGGGUUCUUCUGAUAUCAUCUGCUUGGAAGGCCACAGAUUGCUGUGUUCAGAUCAGUUUAGACUGUACGUCGCUACGUCCCAGACAGAAGGGCGAUUCAGGACUGACAUAAACUGUGGAACAACCCUUAUAAACUUUAAAGAGGGAGAAGAUACUCUGAGAGACGUGUUAUUGCACAGAAUGUUUACCAACAUCCAACCCAAUCUUCAAGGUCAACUAAAGAAAGCAGCAAGGACCAUUGUGGAAGUCCAGGAUUCCCUGAAGCAGCUGGAGAGCAGGUUUCGAGAGUGUAUUAAUUCUUCACCCCCAAACUCUGAUGGCAUAGCGGACAUCUUCAACAAUAAGAAUCAGCUGUCUGAAAGGCUACAGGAGUCUCAGUCGCUGUACAGAAGCCUUUCUCAGCUAAGGGACAAGUUGCUUCCUGUAGCCCACCGUGGUGCGCUCCUGUAUUCUAUCCUCCAGGCUCUCAGAGUCCUGGCUAGAGAAUAUCAGUUCCCACUCAGCUAUUUUCUCUGCCUUUUUGACAAAGCUAUUCGGAACAGUGCCUUAGAAGAAGAUAACCCCCAGGUUGAAGAUGCUCAGCAUCCUCAAGCCAGAACUGCAUUGGAUCUUGAAACUGAAGAGGAAGGAAUCAAGGACAGACAAGGACAGACAACACCUCUUAAUGGAAAAGGCUUGGUGGAUAGCAGGAUUGAUGCCUCUCUAACAGGCCCAGAGCCUCCAGCGGAAUCACUGUCCACACAGUUCGAAUCCAUGGAAGUAAUCCGCAGCCCUCAGGAACCUGCGAGUCCCGGAACCAAGGCACGCAGCCUCUCAGCCAAUCAAAUCAGCCAGCUGGUGGACCAACUGACUGAAACUGUUUACCAAGCAAUAAAUCAGAGUCUGUAUCCCGGACACAGCCUUGUGUUCUCCACUGUGCUCACGCUGUAUAUCCAGCUGCAGAGUGGAGGUUCACUCAGUGAGGAAGAGCUGGCCCUCCUCUUCCAAGGCUUCCGAGGCUGUGGCAGUGUUGCUCUGACACUGAAUGACUUUGGCUCUGAUGUUGACCCCCCAGCCUGGCUUCCCCCAGAGAGAUGGGAGGGCUUGCUGGGCCUGUCUGUUUUACCUGGUCCUCUGGACAGUGUUUGUGUGCAGGUAGCGGAGAGUUCCACUAAGUGGGAGGCAUGGUACACUUCAGACCAUCCGGAACUGGAACCGCUACCAUUGGCACAGGGAUUUACAGUGGAGAAUGUUGAAGAUGCCCUUGGGAGUUCUGGAAUCCCGGGCUUGGCCCUGGCCUCUGAGUUUCACCAGCUCCUCGUCCUCCGCACUCUCCUUCCUGACCGCCUGACAGGCGCUCUGUCCCUCUACAUCCAGAGGCAGAAGAGCAGCAGUGUGCAGGCUAGACCGUAUCCAACAGUUAGUGAUAUUGCAGGUCUUGCAGUAGACUUUCUUGGGAUUCUUGUUCUCCUUCCAUCAGGAUUAUCAAACGCUAACGGCCCCUCUCAUGUGUGUUUAGUGAGGAGUGUCCAACCUACAGCUGUCAUAUGCAUUGCUGCCAAGGAAAGAAGCAUCCCUGUAUCUGUAGCAACUGUAAAAGAAGAAUUUCAAGGUUACAUCGAAACAGCCUUGGAUGAGAUUUUUGAGCAGGAUGGCUGGCUGAUCCUUGAGAACCUGCAUUUAGCAUCUGCAGACUUUAUAAGCAGCCUCUAUGAGAAGAUGAUCCGAGGCAGGAAAAUGCAGAACAACAAGAGGCAGUUUCGUGUGUGGCUUACUUCAGAGCUCGGAGCCCCAUUUCCACAGCAGUUCAUUUCAGAGCUCCACAAAGUAUCAUGGCACAUCUUAAACUUUGGGCAGGUAUCAAAAAAGACAGAAACAACAGAUCUGCUUACGCAUGGAGCUCAAAGAGGGUUGAUACCCAUGGCGAUUGUGUCAGCUCUGAACCAGCUCAGGAAUGAACCCUGUGGUGCAGCGUGUUCCCCCCCGAUGGUCGUUCGCUGCCUCUGCUUUGGUGUGUGUGUUCUGCACGGGAUGAUGGAGGCAUUGCAGUUUCUGCCUGUCUCUGGGCUGAGUCAGGUGUACCCUAUAAGUUACACACAGCUUCAGCAGGCUAUUGGUGUUGUCGUGUCCAGUGGUCAGCAUUUGCAAAGUUCAAGUGAAAGUGCACUUCAAAUCGUCACUAAGAAAAUAGCCACAAUCUACACUAACCUUGUCACGAACCCUGAGGACGCCAUCUAUGUUCAGUCACUGGCUACUGAAAUAUUACCCCAGUGUCUUCAACCAAAAGGAGAAAUUGCAGUUGGCAAGUUUGCUGUCCCUAUCCCUCCAGACACUGUAGAUCCUGCUGAGUUCUCCUUCUGGCUUUGCGACAGGCUGCCCGAGUGUUCAAAUUGCACUGGGCUGGCUCUGCACAACAGCACUGAAAAGACAUGCCAUCAAUCAAGUUCUGUCGAGCUGCUGCGCUGUUUAUCUGAGGUCUAUGAAGCUCUGCAGUGUGGUCUUCCACCAGCAGACCAGGAAGAAUCCACCACUCCAACAGGACUGUCAGCCGCUCGCCUCGCUGCAGGUCUCAUAUCUGAACAACUCCCCUCAGAGCUUUCACAGUCAGAUGCUAGCAGCCCAUUCGAACCAUUCAAUUCAGUGCCUGGCACAACCAAAGAGGAGGACACUGAAGAAUUUGAGGCUGUAAGACAUGCUCUGCUGCAGGAAUGCUCUUGGCUGGACCGUUCCCUCAGUCACAUCCGGCAGCAGGUCAGCGGGCUGGAGAAGUCCUUGCUGACAGACACCUUGGCUUUGCCAGAUCAUCUGGCAGAGGUCGCAGAAUCCUUAAAGAAGGAUGAGGUGCCGGGAUCAUGGCUUCAACCUUACUGUCAGCUAGGCACCCACACACUUUCUACUUGGAUACAAGAUUUAAAGAAGAGGCACAGCCAGGUAAAACGGUGGGUCAAGGAAGGAAUGGUUCACCAUGUAGAGGAAACAGCAGGAAACAGAAUACAGUCAGUGUGGCUUGGGGGGCUGGUCAACCCUGGGGGCUUGAUUGUGGCACUGCAGCAAGCAUAUGCAGCAGCAAAUGGAUGUUUACUUGACAAGGUUGCUCUGAGCUGUCACAUCUCUAAGAGCCCCGAACACACAGUCCAGCCUGAAUCCCAGCAAUGUCAGCUGAUCCUAGAAGGCCUGGUUCUACAUGGAGCAUCCUGGGAUUUUAACGCAAAUCAACUUGGAGAACCUAGAGAUGAGUUCGUUCCACUCCCUUAUGUCACUGUGAGGCCAGUCCUGCGCACAGCUGAGAUGAGUGAAGACAAAGCUAAGCUCUUCGAGUGUCCUGUGUAUAGGAACACCACCAGGCAGUGCUGUGUUCUGAAGCUUCCUCUUCAAAGUUCAAAUCCAGCACAUCACUGGCAGCUGAAGAAAACAGCAAUUGUUUUAGACUCGGGGGCUCCUCCCCCUGGCAUCACACAGAGAUCGGAAACCUGCUUUCCUGCGAAAACGGGAGAGAAGCAGAAAAUAGUCUCAUCUCCUAGGCGUUUGAGCAUGGCAUCCUUCACGGAAUCCUCUAGCAAGGACAUCCCCCCAAGAAUAAUGUCAAAUCAACCUGCAAGAAAUGGUAUCCAUUCCUCAUCACCAGAAGCAAAGACAGCAGAUGUUGAUGAAGGUCAAGGUUCAGCCCCAGAGCAGAUGCCUCAUGAUAAUACCCAAUCCCCAAGAAAUGCUCAGCCGCCAACACUGGCUGACCACAGAAACGCAGCAUCUCCCCAGCCACUGAAGGGGGUCUCUGACACGACAGGCAAAGGAAGCCAGCUGGAAUUGUUCCGAGAUAAAGCAAUAACUCUGGGUCAAAAGCCACCGUCUGUGCAGUCUGUAGACCCAAACAUAGAGGAUUAUCCCGUCCCGAGGGAUUUUGAGGAAGAGGAAGAGGAAGAGACGGGGGAAGAGGAGUCAAGGACGUUUUCUGACGAGAGGAACGAGAUUUCAGUAGCUGAAGACGAGCCACAGCCCCGGGAGGAGGAUUUAGAUUCAAGCUCUGAGGAAGACAUGGGUGAGGAGUCGAAGCAGGAGAUGGGUGGUUACCAGGGCAACAGAGAAGAAGCAGAUGAAAAAACUAAUAAUGAGGAGGAUGAUGCAGAGGAGAAACUGGAAUCUGAUUUACAGGCUCCUGUAGAGGGGAGAAGAGAGAACAAAACUCCUAGCGAAAAUGAUAGUGGCAAUUAAUUAAAGUUUUACUGAACAGCAGAAAUAAUAAGCAUGGUCUGUUUACUGUCAUGUUCCUGUUACUAUUUGCAUAAGGUGAGAAUGGCUUCCAUUUAGUACUGCCUCCAUAGCUGCAAAGAAACAAGUUAAUUAAAUUGUGCAAAUAAUCCUUCUAUAAAAACAACAACAAAAAAAACCCCUCAAUACUGGCUAUGCAUUUCAAUAAAUAAGGUAAAGGAUUUGUGUACCAGUAUUUCCACGUGUGGGUUGUUGUCUAUUCACACAUUUGGAAACGGUGCAGAAUUGUUUUUCACAUUUAAACAUCUGCAUCUGUUAAUGUAGCACUGUAACUUUUGGCUGUUGAUGAGUAAAACAAAACAUAAUAAAUGUAGUAUCUAUUCAAAUGACUGUUCCUUUGAUAAUGUAGAAAGCCAUUAUUUUAAUGCACCACAAAAGAGUCACACCACACAUCAUCAUUAAACACCCUUGCUGAUGCAAACUAAAGCUGCUAUAAAGAUAUAUGACCGUUUUAUGUUAGGUGAGUGAGCCAGCUUGAGUAAUGGUGUAAUAAAACAUGCACUGAACAGACUGUCAAUUCAAUUAUAGGAAUAUUUGUAACUACAACCUACUCUUUUAGAUACAUUUAACCGCAGCAGAAAUACAUUAGAACUAUAAUAAUGUUUGUCUAAUAUAAUAUUUUUCUUGCAAUAGUAUUACUUGUUAAUAUUGUUUGACUGACAAAAUGCAAAAGCAAAAGGAUUUUCUUUUCAACUCACUUCAUGGUAAUAACUCAGCAAUUAUAUGUGAGCGUUAUGGUACUAUAGAAAAAAUUGCAAUUGAUUUCCAUAUGUUUAUUACAACAUCUCAUUAUUGUGUCUGAUAAUGGAAUACAAUAAAUGCAUGGGCGGUUUUAAAAUGAGAUUACCACAGCUUCAUUAAGAAGUGUAGGCUCUAAUAAAAUAAAAUAAAACUGGAAGGAACUAUUUUACAGACUGGUCUCGCUAGCAUGAAUGUAUAUGCACUAGGUAUAAGACCUGGAUUUAGCACAACUGACUAAUUACUCUAGUUGUAAUGAUCGACCCACCUAAUUUAUCACUGCUCUGAACAUUUAAUUAGCUGGUAGCCUGGCACAAUUACAUUCUGAAUUAGGACAAAUUGAAGUGCAAGCUUCGCAGCUUGAAGGACAAGCAAAGCCUAAAUGAUUACUGCUAUAAAAAAUAAAAUAAAAAUUAAACAACAACAAACUUUAAAUGAAGGAUACAGGGCUGGUUUCAUAGACCCCGGUUAGCACUGAUCUUGGACUACCUAAUGCUAGGGCUAAUUGUGGUCAGUGAAACCAGUCGAAAUAUUUUAAAAAAUGACACCCCAGUGCGAUGCAGUCUUCUUGUUCAGAUGUAUGAAGAGUGAUGGAGUGACAGUGUAGUACAGAUUACUGGUGUGACUGUUCAUUAUCAGGGCUUAGCUUUAACCCCUAAAGUAACUCCUUUUCUGUUACCCGAGGCUUCGAACAAUAAAAUGCAUGCCUAAUUUUAAAUUGCUCCAUAGUUGCAACGGAAAGUAAGAUUUGAAACGGCUGGCAGUUUCAGAAUAAUGGCUGAUGGCCUUUGACUAUUGUGGGGUGUACGGUCCGUGCAAUUGUCCACACAUGCAUGAUUAAUUGUAAUAUCACACCCUUGCUUGCUAUAUUGUUAUUGAAAAAUGUAAAUAUCUCUGAUUACACUGUAAUUGUAAUAUAACAGCACCUGUGGUUACAUGGGAAUUGCAUUGUAGAAACACAAACAGAAGUGUAAUUCCAGUGUUAUUGCAAAAGUCAUUAGAAGCUGUCAAACAGGAAAUGCCUUGUGUUCUGCAGCGCUGAUCCUAACAGUUCCUAAUAAAGUGGCUGCAAGCUGUGAACGGGUGCCACUUGAGACAAGGAACUGUGAAAUAUGUCUUAAAAGAUGUUCUCAAUUUACAACAGCUCAGGGGAUCUGACUGACUCCAAGAUGUUGUGCAUUAUUACAUGGAUUAUGUUAAGCGUGUUUAACACUAGAACAAUAUUAUGUUGUUCAACAUUUAAGAAUACAAUUGAAUUUUAUAUAUAUAUAUAUAUGUCAUCGCGGUUCCUGACCUGUGUGUAUUUUGAAUA